AGCCAUGUUGGCGCAAGAAGCGCACCGAGGGCGCCCAAAUGAUGCUGACUUCCCAGGAGGUCACCGAACGCCUCCAGGCUGACCAGGAGAGCUUCCUGGUGCGCCGUGGGCGAGGAGUUGUGCGCUACGACGUGUCGCGGCUGGCCAGCAACAGCCCGGUCGAGGACGAGCACGUCGAGCAGAUUCUCGCCAGUCAGGGGGCAGAUUGGUGCUUUUUCGUGCCUGGUGAUGGACGGGCACGCCGGCGGCGCCACCUCGAGGAGGCUCAGGCAGGACCUCGUGCCCUACGUCGUCGCCAGGCUGGAGCAAGCGCACAGGGGCGGGGCGCCCGCGAGCGAGCAGGUGGACGAGAGCAUCCGGCGGGCGUUCGUCGAGCUCGAUGACGAGAUCUGCACGAAGAGCCUGGAGCGCGUCCGCGCUGGCGCGGGGGCUGCUGGGGCUGCCGCUGUGGAUCCGCUGAGGCCGGCCCUCAGCGGGUCCUGUGGCCUCCUGGCCUUCUUCGACUCGAGCUCGAAGCUUCUGAAGGUGGCCUGCACGGGCGACAGCCGCGCCGUCCUCUGCAGGCGAGGCGCCGGCGGCGCGUGGGGGCCCAUCGCGCUCUCCGCCGACCAGACGGGGUCCUGCCGGGCCGAGGUCGAGCGCCUGCGCAGGGAGCACCCGGGCGAGGCCGCCACAGUGGUCCGGAAUGGUCGCGUGCUCGGCAACCUGGAGCCAACGCGGGCUUUUGGCGAUGCGGUCUACAAGUGGGACGCGCAGACGCAGCAGGCCGUCCUCCCUGGAAGGCGCGUUCACCCGCAUCUGCUGACGCCUCCCUACGUGACCGCGGAGCCGGUCGUCACCACGGUCAGCGUGAGGCCCGAACUCGGGGACUUCCUGGUGCUGGCGUCGGAUGGGCUGUGGGAGCGGCUCAGCAAUGACCAGGUGGCGAAGCUGGCUGGGAAGUGGAUGGACCAGCGUGGCGGGCCUGCCUCCGGUUCCGAGGACCGCAACGCCGCCACCCACCUGGUGCGCAGUGCCCUCGGCGGCGCGAACCACGAGGAGCUGUCCUACUUGCUCUCGAUUCCGGCCGGGCAGAGCCGCUCCUACCGAGACGACAUUACCGUCACCGUCGUAUUCUUCGGGGUAUCUCAAUACCAGGAUCAAGACAUUGUCGUGAACGGAGAGGCUUCCAGUUGGCGCAGGCUGGAGAGGACGCCGCGCUCGCGGCUGUGAGCGAAAGUGGUGGGCAUGUCGGGCAAAAU